CAGAGUAAGCUUAUACUGCGGUCGGUUUGUAAACAAACCUUUCACUGUCACUUUGUGAGGUUAUUUUAAAAUUAUGUAAUAUAAGUAAAAUUUAAAUACACAUAUUUAGAACCCUUAUAUCCUAUAAUGUCUAGUAGAUACAGAUUUUUUUUACGAAGAUUGUAUCAAGUUAAAUUUGCUCAUAGAUUUAAUAUAUCCAACGUGUCAAUUCCAAAAAUACCGCACAAAAUUGGAUUACCAUGUACUCUAGGUUUUUCUAUUUUAACAUUAAUUGGAUUAGAGAAAAAACUUAGCGCCGAGGAUGAGUUGAUUUUAAUGAUUAAACAUUGCGUUUUAUUUAUACAAAGAAAUGAAAAUGCAAAGGCAGAGCAGUUGCUUCAUGUUGCAUUAAGACAAGCACAACAAAUGAACCAUGAAUCGGGUAUUACAUAUAUUUAUGAUGUAAUGGCAAACCUGGCCCUUCAAAGAGAACGCUUGGAUGAAGCAAAAAAGUUAUUUGUUGCUGUAGCACAAAGACUUAUGGCAAGUGGAGCUAAAGACGAUGACUUACGUGUUGUUCAAGUAAGCGUAAAGCUAGCUCGAGUCAGUCAUUUACAAAAGGACUAUACAACUGCGCAGUUAGGAUAUGACUGGUGUUUAGAAAAAAUUAGGGAAGCAUACAACAGUAAUCCUUCUCAAGAACUAACGAAGCUUUUUGCCAUGGCUGAGGAUUGGUAUGGCCGACUAUUUAUUGAUUGCAACCAAUAUGACAAUGGUUUUAAUUAUAUGCUGAGUGCUUAUAACAAAAUGAAAGAAUUAAAAGAUGUGGAUCCAGAACAUAUUGUCGUUCAAUUGAAUGACUUGGGCACAGUUUGUGAUCAAAUGAAUCGGGUUGAUGACUGUAUUAACUAUUUAUCACAAGCAAUUGAUAUUGGGAAGACUCUUCCUGAAAUGGAAGAUUUAGGUGCAAUGUAUGUUAACCUAGGAAGAGCAUAUAUAAGGAAAAAAAUGUUGGAUACAGCUCGUCGUUACUGUGGACAUGCCUAUAAAUUAGGAGUUGCUAAAAAAAAUAAUGAUAUUAAACAAGAAGCAGCACAAUGUAUGAACGAAAUAAAAAAUGUAGUAUAAAAUGUAUUUAGACUUUAUUUUAAUGUUAAUAUUAUUCAAGAAAAUAAACUGUGAUGGUUAACUUUCA